AUAUUAAUAACAACUCUGUAAAUGUGCAAAAAAAUUAUUGGUUUUCAUUAUUCACCGGAUUGUUGUGCCACAUCAGUUUUUUACAUUUUAUAGAAAAUUUAAUAAUUAAUAGAUAAAUAAAUUAUGUUCUAAGACGAGAUUUGUUUGUCGAAUCAAAAACAAUGAAGAUGCUACACAACAAACCAAAAAGCCAGUUUGUGAGGGCUACUUUAUGUUCGAUCUUUACACUUUUUGUGAUAUGUGGACUGGGAGAAUGCCAAGAGACAACAUCAAGUAAGAGUUUUCCUAUCACAACAUUAAUUAAUGCCAAAUGGGAACAGACACCGCUACAUUUGGAGAUAGCUGAGUAUCUGGCAGAUGAGAAUGCAAAUUUAUAUUGGGAUUUUUUAAAGGAUAUAACUGAUUUGGAGACAACGUUAAGUAGUUAUGAAACGGCCUCACAAAGUUAUAAUGCCGCUAUAAAUGUUGUAAGUAAACGCCUAACAGAGUUACAAAUGCCUCUGAUGAAGUUAAUGGUUUCCAUGCACAGUCUAACGCCUCGCAUACAGACACAUUUCCAAAUCGCAUCUGAGGUAUUGGCUCAAGGUUCUUGUGCAGAUUCCAACACUUUUGCUCAAGUUGGUAACGAAUUGGCCUGUAGUCUAGAUGAGCUAAGGAAAAAACUAAAAUUAGCCAAACAAGAGUCUUUAGAUGCUGCUGUGGAAACUUAUGCCUUUGAUCAUAUUUAUCCAGGCUCGGAGAAUAAUACUCGCACCGUAGUUUUAUAUGGUGACAUAGGGUCGAAAACAUUUGCCCAAUAUCAUUAUUUAUUAACGGAAAGGGCCUUGUCGGGUAAUAUAAAGUAUAUUACACGUCAUUAUUUGCCUGGCAAAGUACAAAAAUUACAAAAGCGUGUGCGGUUAUCGGGUUAUGGUGUUGAAUUACAUUUAAAAUCCACUGAAUACAAGUCACAAGAUGAUGCCCCCAAACCGAUGGAGGAAUCAGGCAAUGACAGCUCUGAAGAUGCUCUGGAAAUGGAAGUACAUGGUUUCGAUUUUAAGGUGCUUAAAGACAGAUUCCCUACCUUGUCACAUUCUUUAGACAAACUAAGGCAAAGUUUGCAGCAAGGCAAUGAAGAAAUAGCCCAAUUGAAAGCCUGGGAAUUCCAAGAUUUGGGCUUACAGGCGGCCCAAGCUAUAGCGGAAAUUGAUGGCGAAGAGGCUUUGAAAAUUCUACAAUUUACUGCACAUAAUUUCCCUAUGCAGGCCAAGGCUUUAUUAAGCCAUAAAGUCAGCGAAGAGCUUAGAAAUGAAAUAAAACACAAUACCGAAGCAUUUGGUAGAAGUCUUAAUAUAAUACCACCCGAUGGCGCCUUAUUUGUCAAUGGCCUGUUUUUUGAUGCCGAUACCAUGGAUUUAAAUUCUUUGGUAGAAACUUUAAGAACCGAGGUACGAGUUCUAGAAAGCCUGCACAACAGCCAGGUGAAAGGUUCUUUGGCCUCUUCUUUAUUAGCUUUGGAUUUCGCAGGUUCGGGUUCCAAAGAAUUUGCCAUUGAUAUCAGAGACUCAGCCAUAUUAUGGAUUAACGAUAUUGAAACUGAUCCGCAGUACAGAAGAUGGCCUUCAAGUGUUAUGGAUUUGUUAAGACCCACCUUCCCUGGAAUGUUGAGAAAUAUACGCAAAAAUGUCUUCAAUUUGGUGUUGAUUGUUGAUCCUUUAAAACCCUCGAGUCGCAGUCUUAUUAAGCUAGCCGAAAGUUUUGUGGUACACUCGGCUCCUGUCAGAUUGGGUUUGGUAUUCGAUGCUAGUAAGUCCUCUGAUGAUACCCAGGAGGACUACAGAUCAUUGGUGUGUGCCUUUAACUAUUUAACACAGAAAAAAGAUGCCCGUUCCGCUUUAGGUUUUCUAACCGACGUUUUUACGGCUGUUGAGGACAAACAAGAAAUAAGACGGAAACAUAUUAAAACGCAACUAAAGAAAACUUUCGACAAACUUUCCAGCUCGAUGGUAGAUGACAUUUUAGACGAAGAUUCGGACUUUGAUUAUGGGCGACAGCUGGCUAUGGAAUUUGUAGAACGUUUAGGUUUUACCGACUCACCUCAAGCUCUGCUCAACGGAGUACCCAUGCCUCAGAAUAUCUUAGCCUCUGACAGCGACUUUGAAGAAGCCAUUUUCUCGGAAAUCAUACAACAAACUACUACCCUGCAAAAGGCCGUGUAUAAGGGAGAUCUAACUGAUUCCGACACCCUUUUGGACUAUUUAAUGAACCAGCCUCAUGUUAUGCCUCGCCUAAAUCAACGUAUCUUGGGCAAUAAUGAAAAUGCCAAAUUUCUAGAUUUAUCUGGGGAGCCCCAUAAAGAUCUCAAUAAUGUUAAGGCUUUGGCACAACUCUCAAAUCGCGAUAUGACUGCUACUUUGCUUAAUAACAUCAAAUAUUUUGAGGGCAAGCAUUCGUACGAAACUAUUGGUGAGGCCAAACUACAUUUUCUAACCAUUUGGAUGUUGGCCAAUGUGGAAACUGUCGAGGGCAAAGAACUUCUAACCAACGCCUUGAAAUAUGUUAAAGCCGGUUCCAGCGUGCGCAUAGCCUUCAUACCAAAUGUUGAGGGCAGUGAUUUGUCGAGAAAGAAUAAUCUAAAUCGUUUAGUUUGGGCUGCACAACAGGUACUCAAACCUCAACAGGCUACCGAUGUUGUAUUGAAAUGGUUAAAGCAAUCAGCCGAUAAAUGGGAAAUACCCGCACAAGUAAAUGAUUUCUUAGCAUCCACUGAAUUACACAUGAAAAUCUUGAGGGUCUAUGCCCAAAGAGUGUUAAGUCUUAAAGCCAAUGAACGUUUAGUUAUUGGUAAUGGCAAAAUUAUUGGACCCAUUGCCGAUAAGGAACUAUUCGGCAUAGAGGACUUUGGUUUAAUUGAUAGAUUUAAUACCAUACAAUAUGGCGACAAGUUGCGUAAGAUUUUAAAAGUAAAAUCUACAGACAUUGAAGAAUCCGAAUUUGAUAGUGAUACCUUGUUAAAGCUGUACGCCUGUCUGAUACCUAGACAGUCUAAGACUAGAUUUAAGAUACCCGAAGAUAUUAAGGAAGCUCAUUCUGUGGUAAAGCUAAAACCCAAACAUAACGAUUUGCCACACUUUGAAAUCAAUGCCGUAGUAGAUCCGGCCUCUAGAAGUGCUCAAAAAUUGGCACCCAUUCUGAUACUGCUACGCAAUACCGUCAACUGUAAUAUGAAAGUGUAUCUGACUCCUGUCAAUCAGCACAGUGAUAUGCCGGUAAAGAAUUUCUAUCGUUAUGUGGUGGAAUCCGAAAUACAAUUUUUGCCUAAUGGUGAGUUAGCUGAAGGUCCCAUAGCCAAGUUUACCGGGGUACCCGCCAAUCCCUUGUUGACACAAAAUGUUCAAGUACCCGAAAACUGGUUAGUGGAAGCAGUGCGCUCGGUUUACGAUCUGGAUAACAUAAAAUUGAGCGAAAUUGGGGGACCAGUGCACAGUGAAUUUGAAUUGGAAUAUCUGCUGUUGGAGGGUCAUUGUUUUGAUGCAUCCACUGGAGCUCCUCCUCGAGGACUGCAAGUUACCUUAGGUACUCAAGACAACCCCACUAUGGUCGACACUAUUGUUAUGGCCAACUUGGGCUACUUCCAACUGAAAGCAAAUCCUGGAGUAUGGACUUUACGUUUAAGAGAAGGUAAAUCCGCUGAUAUCUAUGAUAUAACUUUUGCGGAAGGACCCAAUACUUUACAUCAAGAGGGUAAUACCCAGGUGGUUAUAAGUUCCUUGAGAUCACACGUUAUAAAACUAAGGGUAACUAAAAAACCGGGCAUGCAGAAUGCGGAUCUUUUGGGUGACGAUGACAAUCAACAACAAACUGGUAUAUGGAAUUCUAUAGCUAGCUCGUUUGGUGGUGGUACCACCCACGAAGGAGAAACGGAAACUAUUAACAUAUUUUCGUUAGCCUCAGGACAUCUGUACGAAAGACUGUUACGCCUCAUGAUGGUGUCCGUAAUGAAAAAUACCAAAUCACCCGUAAAGUUUUGGUUUUUGAAAAACUAUCUCUCGCCACAAUUUACUGAUUUUUUGCCACAUAUGGCUAAAGAAUAUGGUUUUCAAUACGAGUUGGUCCAAUACAAAUGGCCUCGUUGGUUACAUCAACAAACUGAAAAACAGCGCACCAUUUGGGGCUACAAAAUUCUCUUCCUAGAUGUUUUAUUCCCGCUAAAUGUACGUAAAAUCAUUUUCGUGGAUGCUGAUGCCAUAGUAAGGGCUGAUUUGAAGGAACUAUAUGACAUGGAUUUGGGUGGUGCUCCCUACGCCUACACACCCUUCUGUGAUUCACGCAAAGAGAUGGAAGGUUUUCGCUUUUGGAAACAGGGCUAUUGGAAAUCUCAUCUCAUGGGUAGACGUUAUCACAUUUCCGCCCUAUAUGUGGUAGAUCUAAAACGUUUCCGCAAAAUAGCCGCCGGCGAUCGACUGAGAGGACAAUAUCAAGCCCUUAGUCAGGAUCCAAAUAGUUUAUCGAAUUUAGAUCAAGAUUUACCCAAUAAUAUGAUACAUCAAGUGGCCAUUAAAUCUUUACCCGAUGAGUGGUUAUGGUGUCAGACGUGGUGCAGUGAUAACGCUUUUAAAACCGCCAAAGUAAUUGAUUUGUGUAACAAUCCCCAGACCAAAGAGGCCAAACUUACAGCCGCUCAGCGUAUUGUGCCGGAAUGGAAGGAUUAUGAUUCCGAAGUCAAAACACUAAUGUCACGUAUAGAGGAUCAUGAAAAUGCCGAUCAUAACGAACAAAUUUUAGCUGAUAAUGGCAGUGGUGAAAAUACAUUAUCAGCUGAUGAUAACUCAGUUAAACACAGUGAACUGUGAUUUUCCCCCUCCAACUUGACUUAAACAUACUACAUACUACCUAUUUUUUGUGGCAUCCACUAUUUAAUUAAUUUAUUGUUUUAUUAACUUCCCUAUUUUUAAAUUUUCUGCAUUUUUUCUUUGUUCUACAAAAUAGUUAAAACAUUUUAAUAAAAUUGGAUGUUAUGGUGUAUUGUAAGUCCUUAAUAUUAAACAACAAACAAAUUUUAAGGACUAAAAUUAACAUUCCUUAAAUUAAACUUAAAAAAAGUACUUUAUUUGUCCAUGCUAUUUGGCGUUAAUUGGAAUAUUUUAAUUAAAUUAAUGAAUAAUAGUAAUAAUUAAUAAAUUGCCAUUACAUUAAUAGAAA